AUGCUGACGGCCAGAGGCUCCUCGUCAGCAGUGACCCGAAUGCUCAUGCAAGUGGCCGAUCCGUUUGGAGUUGUUCGUUCGGAUCCCUUUGCUCAUCAUGAGAUUUGCGGCUUUCAGAUCGGGCCGCCUGGCGAUCCCCGGGCCCCGGGUCUUGGAUUCCUCAAGCUGAGUCAGCUUUUUACGGAGAAAAUCGCCGAGAGUAUCGAGGCCACGGUUUCACUGUCACCGGCUGACCUUCGAAAAUCGUUGAAUUCGUUCAGCUUGAAUAAGGUCAAGAAAUGGUUGACCAUGGACUCAAUGUCAAACUCCUCACCGUUUUCGACCCGUAUCUUUUUGGGCCGACCCGGGGCCCGCCGUUUGCCAGUGUUGCUGCUCGUGUACUGGUCGCUCGGGUUCUGUGAGUCGCUAAAUUCAUCGUCCUCCGAAGGGGAAGGGCCCGAUUGGCGGGUCCGGGAGGACCGUUUGGGCUGGCCCAACCCGGAUGCUGCCAGGGGAGAAUCCGAAAUUGGGCUGCGGAAGAUUGUGCUGGGGGCCCGAAUUGGAGUGGUGUGGCCCGUUUGGGGAAAGGAAGGGGUAAAACGGCUGGACACCGGUGGGAAAUGGGCCCGUGGGCUGAGCAGCAGUGUUUGGGGACAGGCC